GCGCGGGGGCGAGCGCUGGCGCGCAAGGGGUUAAGCGCUGAGCGCGGAGCCAUCUGGCCGGGUUGGCUGGUUAUAACCGCGCAGAUUAUGUUCGCGGGACUCACAGUGGAAGGUUCCUCCGCUUCCCCGGCAGCUCCGCGCACCACCCUGCCCUGAGAGAGCGAGAGAGAGAGCGAGAGAGAGAGGGAGAGAGAGAGAGAGGGAGCGAGGGAGAGGGAGAGAGCGAGCCCGGCGCAACUUUCUUCUUCUCUCUUCUUUCUUUCUUCCCCUCAUUUUUUUGUCCCCCUGCCGCGUUGUGGCUGCCGUGGGGGGUGGGGAGACUUUGAAUGACCAAGCUUCGGUCCACCUUUCUCUUCAUGUCGACGUCUCUGGAAAUAGACACACGGAUGCCAUGGUUACUUCUGCCACGAUCUUACAGGUGAACAAGGUGAUGUCCAUCUUGUUUUAUGUGAUAUUUCUCACUUAUCUCCGUGGCAUCCAAGGGAACAUGGAUCAAAGGAGCUUGCCGGAAGACUCGCUCAAUUCCCUCAUCAUCAAGCUGAUCCAGGCAGAUAUUUUGAAAAACAAGCUCUCCAAGCAGGUGGUGGAUGUUAAGGAAAAUUACCAGAGCACCCUGUCCAAAGCAGAGGCCCCCCAGGAGCCAGAGCAAGGAGAGCCCGCCAGGUCGGAAUUUCAGCCGAUGAUUGCAACGGACACAGAGCUGUCGCGGCAGCAGAGACGCUACAAUUCGCCCCGGGUCCUGCUAAGUGACAGCACCCCCUUGGAGCCCCCUCCCUUAUAUCUCAUGGAGGACUACGUGGGCAACCCCGUGGUGACCAACAGAACGUCUCGAAGGAAACGGUACGCGGAGCAUAAGAGUCACCGCGGGGAGUACUCGGUAUGUGACAGUGAGAGUCUCUGGGUGACUGACAAGUCGUCGGCCAUCGACAUCCGGGGACACCAGGUCACAGUGCUAGGGGAGAUCAAAACCGGCAACUCUCCCGUCAAACAAUAUUUUUAUGAGACCAGAUGUAAAGACGCCAGGCCAGUCAAAAACGGGUGCAGGGGUAUCGAUGACAAACACUGGAAUUCUCAGUGCAAAACGUCCCAAACCUACGUCCGAGCACUGACUUCAGAAAACAACAAACUUGUAGGCUGGCGCUGGAUACGAAUAGACACGUCCUGUGUGUGUGCCUUGUCGAGAAAAAUCGGAAGAACAUGAAUUGGCAUCUCUCCCCAUAUAUAAAUUAUUACUUUAAAUUAUAUGAUAUGCAUGUAGCAUAUAAAUGUUUAUAUUGUUUUUAUAUAUUAUAAGUUGACCUUUAUUUAUUAAACUUCAGCAACUCUUACAGUAUAUAAGCUUUUUUUUCCUCAAUAAAAUCCGUGUGCUUGCCUUCCCUCAGGCCUCUCCCAUCUGUUAACCUUGUUUUGUGAUCUGGCUCUCGGGAACCCUUCUGUAAGACCUGUGUACACCAGUAUUUUGCAUCCAGUAUUGUCAAGGCCAUGACUGUGGUUUUAGUAAAACUUGUUAAAAUCUGAUGAUGUCAGAGUUGUGUAUAAACAGCCCUAUCUCCCUCUGCUAUGUUCCAUGUUGGAUUAAUUAAUUAAAAGAACUGUUAUGGCCUCCAUUGAAAA